UGACUAGAACAACUCGACCCGGUUGUUGGUUUGUUCGUGAGCAGCAGAUGCACCGUGCAGCCUGUCUAAGUCCACUAAGACUCUACUAGUCCAAUUAUCCGAGAGGAGGCGGAAAUCCACGCGUGUGCUCGAGUGUUAGACUAACUUACUGCCGCUCUGCUCGGCGAUGGAUGUGAACGUCUCUGAGGCGUUUGAGGACGACUUGAACAAACGAGAUCAGCAAACAAGUCGCACCUGAAGAAACGCAGACAUCUCUGCAAUGCUGAUGCGUUUAGGGUAGUUUUGAGACGCCACUCGGACUCCCACUGGUAAAGCCUGUAUAAGCCGCCGGAGUGCGCACGGUAGGCCUUUACGCGCGUCAUUUGGCGACGCCACGGAGUUUCCUCAGACUGUUCGUGAAGGUGGAUCUAGUGUAAACAUGGAAACAUACACUGAUGUACUGCUGGUCACCGCAAAUGUGGGCUCACUGUUCGAUAAUGUGAGUGAAAUCCAAAGAGAAUGGUUAAAAGAACUGUACAAGACUAUCCACAGCUACAAGCCGCAGUUCAUCGCCUUGCACUUUCAGGAGGUGGGAGGAAAGGACUACAUGGUCAACAUGGGCCACGCAGACAGCUUCUUCAGGUGCAUCGAGUCCAGCGAGGAGAUGAAAGACUUUGACAGGGUCUGUAUCUAUGUGGACAACCAGUUCCAGGCAGAGGACAGGUUCACGGCUUUGGGGAGCAUGUACUUCAUCCACAAGACUCUGAAAAACAUCUUUCAGUAUGAUUUUAAUGUUAAGGAUUUUAAAGCCGUGUCAGGGCUGAACAAAUACGUGGGCUCUCUGGACGGGGUCACCACAGUGGAGAAAGAAAAAUUCCCAAAGAAUUUCUGGCCUGAUUUCAAGUGGUCCAGAAAGGGCUUCAUGAGGACCCGCUGGAUCAUACACAACCAGGGUCUGGAUUUGGUCAAUGUCCACCUGUUCCACGAUGCCUCCAACCUCAUUGCCUGCAACUCCAGUCCUUCUAUUUACUCGGCUAACCGCAAAAACGCUCUCAGAUACGUCAUCAACAGAAUAUCAGACAACUGCCACACUCCUCUGCCUUUUUUCGUGUUUGGAGAUUUUAACUUCCGUCUGGACACACUUAGUCUGGUGCAGCAUUUGUCCACUUCAGCAGACGUCCAGAGGGUGAUGAAGGACAGCAGUAAUGAAGUGGAGAAAAUCAUCUGUGAGGAGAAGGACAACGACCACCAGGUGUUGCUGCAUAUUGAGGAGAAGUUGUUUGCCUACCUGCAUCAGGCGGUUUUCAGAGAGGACAAUGGCAAAGCGCUUUUACAAUAUGACAAAGAAGUGGCAGCCUUUCAUGAUGUUAUUCGGGAAGAGGACAUUAAGUUUCCACCCAGCUACCCCUACAGUGAAGAGUACACUAAACCCACUCAGUACAUGAACACUCGCUGUCCUGCCUGGUGUGAUCGUAUCCUCAUGUCACACACUGCCCAGGAAUUCAUCACCAACAGGACGGGGGACAGUGAGAAGAGCGUGGUCUACAACACAGUGGGUCCUAACGUCUGUAUGGGAGACCAUAAGCCAGUUUUCUUGUUCUUUGGGCUGAAGACAAACGACCAUUGACUCAGAUCCUUCUCAAUGGCCUGUCGUCAGAACUGCACCACAGUAUCAGCACCACAGCAUGACACUUACCAACCACAUCCCACCCAUUCUGCACCCACAGGGCUCGACGGAGUUCGCCCUCACCGCUAACACCCCGCCGACGCACCAAUGCUCCCUCUCACUGAUUGACGUCACAACAGAUUUGAUCUGUUUCUGUGUCAGAUGUCCAGAUUGAUCCACUUUUUAAUCUUCAGAAAUAUUCAUGUCAGCAUUCAUCAUGCACCAUAUGCAGUGAAAGUAAGACUGUUUUAAAAUGAGACCAAAAGGAUGAUGUAAAGACUGCGAUGGAUGGACCUUUUGCUGAAGACUUUUACAUGGAUGUGUACACAUACAAGGAUGUUAAACUGUGAUAGAAGAAUUUGUCCACUGUCAGGCCGCUGUUUCAGGUUUUUAUUUUGUAGAGUCCAGUAUUUUGAGGCUCAAGCAUAUUUUAACUUCCAGCUAACUCAUUAAAAAGAACAUUAGUGCUAUUAAUAGAUAUUGUGGAUGUAAAAACUGAAUAAUGUAAGCUAAAAAAAAUAUGGGAUCUGUUUAAUGUUGAUUUGUAGUUCAAGUAUUUAUUUGUGUUUAUGUUUUACUCUCCCUGUAAGCAAGAAUUUACACAGAAGACAGUUGAGAAUCUUGUAGGUGAAAAAUAAUUUAGCCUAUGUUUUAAUAGAUGCGUCGGCUCCCUCACAGGAAUGUCAUUUGAUUUCAGAUCAAAUUGAAUUUUGAAUAAGGUUUUAUGUUUGGGGGGUUUUUGAUAUCAGCAUGUAAUUACACAAGACAGUGGACAAAAAGGGUAUUUAACGUCAUACAGCAGCAUGUUUUAUCCUGUUUUAAUUUAGAGGAGUCUCAGUUACUAUUAUUGGUGUCACUGUUUGUCUCUGCAGUAACACUGUCUUGAUUUUUUCCACAUUACAAAUGUUACAUUAAUUAAUACAUUGAUACCAAGUGCUUUAUUUAUUAAGCUUAAACACAGUUGUUUUUUUAGUCUCUCAGUCUUAGUCGUCCUCCCUCAGAAAAUGAUCUAGUCAGAUUAUUUGUACUGCUCAGUCUCUACACAGAAAGUGAUUCCAUUCUGUCCUUGUUGACAUCUACCUGUUUUCAUUGCCAAAAUAACAUAAUAUGAGCCUCACGUUUACUUCUGACUGUAGUGUGGCUUUACUAAAGGCUCACAAAAUACAGUGUAUAUAGACAUACGUACAUACAAUACUGUGCCAAAGUCUCAGGCCACUUUUAGCUUUUGUUAUUUUUGCAGGAUUGCAAUGAGCAUAUAUAUUUAUUUUUCAUUUUCUUAAAUACAGAAUUAUGUACACAGCAUUAAAAAACACAAAAAUGAACUAAAUGCAUUCUAAAGGUUAAAGUCACUAUUUAUUGUGACUCCUGACCCCCUGACAAGAAGCAACACAAACAAUUAGAAACAUCUGACGUGUGUUGAAUGAAACCUAAUAUAAAACAUGAGAAAAUUAAGGUAAUAAAUCUCCUAUUGUCAGAACAAAAGGGUUAAAGACAUGUUAAAGCAAAGGGAGGUCACACUAAAUACUACCACUUUGGUUUAUAAAAGCUGUUUUUUCUCUGAAACUUUUUUUUUUAAUGCUGUACAUACUUCCCAUAUAUCCAGAUUGUACUUUACUACAGAGAGGACUGCAUAUGUGUGGUCACUGGAACUCUCCUAAACCAACAAACCUGUUGGUCUAGGGCUUUGGCACAGUGCUGUACAUAAAUACACCUGUGUGCACCCACACGCAACACAGAGGCCACUGUUUGCUUUUUCGUUAUCUGAUUUUUUUUUUGUCGAUUGUAUAGCCUUGUAGUAUCAGUGCUGUAAUGUACAUUCAGUGUGUGAAUUACUGGUUUGAGUUGUUCAAGCUGGCUCUAAUAAUGACUAUGGUUUGCUAUUUGUCAUAUUUCAACAUUUGAGUAUUUUGUGAAACUUGUUUUGUUUUACAUAACUUGAUGGUACAGGACACUCAGAAGUCACUGCAGAUAUUUAUGUCCCUUUUGGUCUCUCAGGCUUACUUGUACAAUGGGAUGGAGGUUUAAGAGAUUCACUGUAAAAAAAAAAAAUGAAUUGCUGAUGCAGAUGUUUGUGUAGUUCAUUUUAAGGCCAGUAUUACCUUUAGAUUAACUCCAUUCAAACACUACAUUGUUGUCAUGUAUCACUUUUGUAAAUAAAAUAUUACUGAAAUAAGG